AUGGUCUGCGACUUCUUCCACCCCAAUGUUGGCGGUGUCGAAAACCAUAUCUACAUGCUCAGUGCUAACCUCAUCAAACGAGGGCAUAGGGUCAUAGUCAUAACACAUAGUCACCCCCCGGAUCGUGUCGGCAUCCGAUGGCUACUCCCUGGGCUGAAAGUAUACUACUUGCCCUUCCCGACCAUCGCCUCAUCUGCCACGCUACCGGACUUUCUUGCAUUUCUGCCUUACCUACGUUAUAUUGUCCUACGGGAAGGAGUAGAACUCAUACAUGCUCAUGCUAGCCUUUCAUCCUUAGCGCACGAGGGGAUUCUCCACGCGCACUUGAUGGGCGUGCGCACCGUCUUCACUGACCACAGCCUCUUCGGGUUUGACGACGCCGCGAGCAUCUUGACGAACAAGCUACUAGAGGCUGCCCUCCGAAAUGUCGACGCAGCUAUCUGCGUCUCGCAUACAGGCCGCGAGAACACUGUAUUGCGCGCAAGAAUUCCGCCAGAAUGUGUCUAUGUCAUCCCAAAUGCCUUAGUCGCAGAGCAAUUCAAGCCUGACUUAACCCCCAAGGACGCCCGUGAAGUGACGAUAGUUGUCAUAUCUCGUUUGGCAUAUCGGAAAGGCAUCGACCUUCUCGUCGCUACGGCGCCCCGCAUAUGCAUGUUGUUCCCGAACGUCAAAUUCAUCGUAGGAGGAGACGGGCCAAAGAUGAUCGAUCUUCUACAAAUGCGAGAGAAAUAUAUGCUCCAAGACCGGAUAGAGAUGUUGGGUCCUGUCCGCCAUAGCGAUGUCCGCGAUGUGUUAACCCGUGGAACAAUCUUCCUGAACACGUCACUCACGGAGUCCUUUGGCAUUGCCAUCCUUGAGGCGGCUUGCGCGGGGCUCUACGUCGUCGCGACCCGCGUCGGCGGAGUUCCCGAGAUUCUCCCGGAAGACAUGAUCUCGUUUGCCAGUCCAGACGAAGAUGAUGUGAUACGAGCCAUGUCCGAGGCCAUCGACAUCGUCUCCAAAGGCCAACACGAUCCCGCCCGAGCCCACGAGCGCGUCAAACAAUUCUACGACUGGAUGCAAGUCACGGAACGCACGGAACGUGUAUACGCGAACGUACUGCGCACACGUCCCCGGCCGUUCUGGGUCAGAUUGCAACGGACGUUGGAGCUGGGGAGGUUUGCGGGACCCAUCUUCGCGAUUAUCCUCUUGGUCGACUGCCUGUUCUUUGCCUUCUUGGAAUGGUGGAUACCUCGCGGAAGCAUCGACAAAGUGGAGAUGCACUGGGACCAACAACGGUUCAGGAAGGUGCGCAGACCGUCGGACGGCGCUUGA